GAGACGGGGAAAAGGAGGGAUUCGCCUCAGUGUCCUUGUCAAGCCGCGGGAAAGGCCCACGCCCCGAGAUCAUCUCACGCGGCCGCAUCUUCCGGGGAAAGACAAUAAGAUAUACCUCAAUGAUUGGUGGUGAUUUUACAUAUAUUUCUGCAAACUCAAAGAAAAAAUAAAAAUGGGUCGGACGUUACCGGUGCCAGUAGCCUGUAAGGUGUGCGGCGACAAAAGUUACGGGAAACACUACGGGGUCUAUUGCUGUGAUGGGUGUAGUUGCUUCUUCAAGAGGAGCAUCCGGAAGAAGAUGGUCUAUACGUGCAUAGCUGGGAAAGGCAACUGUGUGAUAGACAAGGCAAGAAGGAACUGGUGUCCCUAUUGCAGACUUCACAAAUGUUUUGGUGUGAAUAUGAAUAAAAAUGCCGUUCAAGAAGAACGAGGCCCGCGGAAAAACAAAGGCUCAAAGAUCUCGCCCUCUGGCUCGGCCAAGUCGUCACCAAAUGGCAGCCGGGUGUCCCUCAGCAUCCCGUACUGCCCCAUGCAGCGCAGAGACUCGCUCAGCCCCUUGUCCGCCAGCUCCCUCGUCCGACCGUCGAUAGCUGCUACGUUUCCUACCCUGGACCUCCUCCCUAGCGCGUUUACUCCAGUCGGGAGCCGGACACCGACCUUUGACUCGAGCAACGACAGUAGCGCUUUCACCAAAGUUAUGCCAAAAAAAGACUACCCAGUUUUAGAUCUUUCUACCCGUCCAAAUAUAUCACCAGAGACCUCGUUUAUCGAUGCAUCGUAUAUCAUCCAAGAAGUGACGGCUCAGAUUUUGUUUACCGCAAUCAAGAAGGCCAGGUCGAACCAGUUUUUCCUGCACCUCAGCUCGAGAGACAAACUGACCUUGCUGGAGGAGACAUGGAAUGAACUCUUCCUCUUGAACUCUGCUUACUGGCCCAUUGAUAUUGGUAUUCUUAUUCUCAGGUGGAGCAGUAAUGACGAACUUAAGGACGAGCGAGAAAACAUCCACAAACUUCAUAGUGUGAUCGUAGCCUGCCAGACUCUCAAUGCUGACUUCACCGAGCUCGCCUUCCUAGAGACCAUUGUCCUACUAAAACAGGAAACCAAGAAGUCUUUGUCUGAAUUCUCUAAAGUACAGAUCCUGCAAGACCAAGCCCAGCUGGCCUUGGCUCAUUACGUCAGUCAAGUUCACCCCCACAACCCAGCCAGGUUCGGCAAGAUGCUCCUCACACUGCCUUGUCUCAAGAAUAUACCCGCCAAGCUCGUCCAAGAUGUCUUUUUCAAGAAAACGAUAGGCCAGGCAACCAUGGACCAGAUUAUUCACGGGAUACAGUAG